AUGAUCUCAGAGGAGUUGAAAUGUGGUGGACCCUCCCCACUCACAGCUGCCUUUCUGUUGGCCCUUGGGGGACUGUACGAAGGAGCAGCUCACACACGUCGAAUUGGUGACUUCCAACUCAAUCCAAGAGUGGUUCUUUUCACAGAUGGUAGACUAACAGACUUUAUGGAUUUAGAUGCCACCGACAAUGAGAUUGAUCUUACACCUUAUGAUCAUAUAUUAGCACCACUAUCUUCGAUCACACAGGAAAUAGGAAGAGACCAUCCAAUUUUCUGUUUCCCAGUUGGAGAAAAUCCGAACUACACUUUAUUACAAACUAUAUCAGGAGUGUCCAAGGGAGGCAAAUUGUUCGAGAUUUAUGAAGCAAAGUGUUUUGGACGAUAUAGUCUACAUUACCAUUCGGCAGAUUUGAUUUCCAAAGUAACAAACAAGAAUGAAAUAGAAAGAGAAAAUUUGAGAUCUGUGGCAGAUAACGUACUUCUCUGGCAUAACUAUGAUGAAGACGAUUUGGACACAAUAUACGAGUUAAUACAGAACAAAGAGAGAAUCAUGGAAACCCAACAAAGGGAAGAAGAUGAUGAAGACAAUUGGUAUAAGGAAAAAUACUCUACAAUUCCUAGGCUUGGUACAAGAGUUCGUCGUGGUCCCCAUUGGAGCUGUCAGAACCAGGAUAGCGAGGGCAUCGGAACUUUAGUGGGACAUACGGAUAAAGCCGGUUCAGUACUCGUAGAGUGGGAUAAUGGACAUCGCGGUGUAUAUAAAUAUGGAAUAAAAAACAUGUACGAUAUUGUGGUUUGUGAUGAACCCAGAAUUCCUGUAGACGGAUUGGUCGCUGUUGGGUGCUUAGUAAAGAGAGGUCCUGACUGGAAUUGGGAAGAUCAGGACGGUGGAGAGGCGGCUAUUGGGACAUGUUAUCGAGUGAUGGAUAAUGCUACCGUUUAUGUUCGAUGGCCCAGUGGAAAGAUGGGUAAUUACAGAUUUGGAUACGAUGGAAAAUAUGACAUCGAAAUUUGCGACCCAUUCUCGCCCGACGUGAUGAAAGCUGUUAGGGAACAACGAGGUGCAUCAAUGAAGUCUGAUACAGAGCCCAGACUUACCUCUAAUCAUUUAAAAGGUUAUUCUGAAAUACAGAGUACACCACACAACACAACUGAACAGAGCGAUUACAUCAUGCGGGAAGAUAACGGAAAUCUACCAUCGAAUCAAGGUCGAAGUACAGUGUUACGAGAGGCGACUGAUACAGAGUCAACCCAACAAUUGUAUGAACCAAUUAUACAACGUGAGCAAGUAACGUAUAAUGAUAGAACAAAUGUUACCAACAUACAGACAGAACACUACCCCAUGGCUAUUUCAGUGGAAGAUCUUGAAACUGAUGAAGGACAUGGUAUUGGUCUAGAAGGCAACUCAGUGGAACGUAUAUCUGAAAAUUCUGAACAUUUCAAUAGGUCUCCAAGUCCAGACGAAUAUCACAAUCCCCUCGAGCUCUCUGUAAAUUCAUCUGUGAUUGUGAAUAACUGUGUUUCUGGCAAAUCUAGCACCAAUGCCUCAACUGUACUGUCAAAUAAUAAAACUAUUUAUAAAAAUCCUGAACUAUGUGUAGCUGGAAUAAAUAAAGAUACUGUUCAGAUGGAAACACAUACAGAAAUGGAAUCAAACGUUGCAAUGAUUUCGCAAAAUCAUACAACAAACCACUCUAAAUUUAAUCCAAAUUUAACAACGCUGUGUCUAUCCUGGCAGUGGCAGGACAACAAUGGUGUUUGGGUAGACUAUCCCGAUCACUUGACCAAUUUAAUCAACUGCAGGCUUCGACAGCGCCCCAUGACGACGGUCUUGAUUACUUAUAAUGAUAAAAGUUUUAGAAUUGUAGCAUCAAAGAUGAUACAGAUCAACACAAAAACAAAAGAAAGGCACAACAUUAGAUGCAUGAAUACUUAAUGCCAUUGUUGAUACUGCAGAAAUAAAUAUAACUGGAAUAAGACAAGAAAUGUCACCAAAAACACAUCAAAUUAUUCAUAAUUAUUUGAUGUCAUUUGAUAAGAUUUUGUUUCAAAUUAUUUUUUUAUAAUUACAU